CUCUUAUAUAUAAGCCCCACUCUCUCCAUCACUCGCAAAGCUUCACUCGCCGAUCUCUCUCAACUGCAUCACCGUCGUCUUUGUUAGAGAUUUGUUUUUUGUUUUCCAUCAUGGGAAAGAUCAAGAUCGGAAUCAACGGAUUUGGAAGGAUCGGGCGUUUGGUUGCGAGAGUUGCUCUUCAAAGCGAAGAUAUUGAGCUCGUUGCUGUUAACGACCCGUUCAUCACCACUGACUACAUGACCUAUAUGUUUAAGUACGACAGUGUUCACGGUCAAUGGAAGCACCAUGAGCUUAAGGUGAAGGACUCAAAGACUCUUCUCUUUGGGGAAAAGGCUGUCACCGUUUUCGGCAUCAGAAACCCCGAGGAAAUCCCGUGGGGUGAGACUGGAGCUGAGUAUGUCGUAGAGUCUACCGGUGUUUUCACAGACAAGGACAAGGCUGCUGCUCACUUAAAGGGUGGUGCAAAGAAAGUGAUCAUUUCUGCUCCCAGUAAGGAUGCCCCAAUGUUUGUUGUGGGUGUCAAUGAGAAGGAUUACAAGCCUGACCUUGACAUUGUCUCCAAUGCUAGCUGCACUACCAACUGCCUUGCUCCAUUGGCUAAGGUCAUCCACGACAAAUUUGGCAUUGUUGAGGGUCUUAUGACCACUGUCCAUUCGAUUACUGCUACCCAAAAGACUGUUGAUGGCCCAUCAAUGAAGGACUGGAGAGGUGGCAGAGCUGCUUCCUUCAAUAUCAUUCCCAGCAGCACUGGAGCUGCCAAGGCUGUUGGCAAAGUGUUGCCAUCAUUGAAUGGCAAGCUGACUGGAAUGGCUUUCCGUGUUCCCACUGUUGAUGUCUCUGUGGUUGACCUCACGGUGAGACUUGAGAAGAAGGCUUCUUAUGAAGAUAUUAAGGCUGCUGUCAAGCAUGAAUCUGAAACCAACUUGAAGGGAAUUCUUGGUUAUGUAGAAGAAGAUUUGGUCUCAACUGACUUUGUUGGAGACUGCAGGUCAAGCAUUUUUGAUGCCAAGGCUGGAAUUGCUUUGAAUGAUAACUUUGUUAAGAUUGUUGCAUGGUAUGACAAUGAGUGGGGUUACAGUUCCCGUGUGGUUGACUUGAUCCGGCACAUGGCUUCUGCUAAGUGAGUGAUUUUGGUGCACCAACUCAUUUGAUCCUGGACUUUGGCCUUUUUCUUCACCUUACCAAAUUUAGAAUUGAUGUCAUGGGAAUAAUUGAAUUGUAUGGGACACACAGUGACCAUUUUUGCCGGAUUGUGGUUUUUCUAUUUUUACCCGGUAUGCAUUUUUCUCUGAAACAGUUUUUCCUCCUUUUUGUAAUGAAUUUUUAUUCGGUUGCUUUCCUCUACUGUUUCAUGUUUCAU